AUGACCAGCGGGUGUGAAAAGAGCAGUGCUCCAGCAAACCCUAUUCGAGUGAUAAUCGUGGGCGGCUCUAUUGCAGGACUAGCCCUCGCGCACUGCCUUCAUACCAAUCCGAACAUCGACUAUGUUGUCCUCGAAGCCGGAGAAGAAAUGGCCCCUCAAGUCGGUGCAUCGAUUGUAGUGCUUCCAAAUGGAGCCCGUAUUCUGGACCAGCUAGGCAUAUGGGACGACAUUACAGCAUCGAUAGAGCCCUUGUCUCAAGCAUUGACUUGGACCGGAGACGGGAAGAUUGUCGUGGACAGCAAUGCACCACUUCUGGGUUCUGCGAGAACGGGAUACUCGUACGCAUUCUUGCAGCGUCGAGACCUGUUAAAGGUUAUGUAUGAGCAUAUCAAAGACAAGUCGAAAGUGCUCACUAACAAACGAGUAAUCGGAAUUGAUCAUACAGCCUCUGGUGUUUCUGUUACAUGCAAAGAUAGAUCGUCUUACAAGGGUGAUAUCGUCGUAGGAGCAGAUGGCAUCCACAGCACCGUUCGAGGCUUCAUGCAAGAUCGACUUGAGAGUUUGGUGCCUGGUUCAAGCGAGAAAGAUAAGAACAGCAUUUCAGCCGAAUACAGUUGCAUCUUUGGUAUCGGGAAGCCAGUAGACGGACCCGUUCGCCCAGGAGACUCUCAUAGGUCGUAUGCCGAAAAGCACAGUACGCUAUCAUUUGUUGGCCAGGGUGGCAUCCUCUAUUGGUUCCUUUUCUCAAAGUUGAAUAAAAGAUAUUACGGGAAAGAGAUCCCCAGGUACACGAAUGAGCAAAUGGAAGAGGCUGCGAAAGCUUUUGACGGAAUCCCCAUGACCGACAAGAUCACAUAUGAUCAAGUGUUUAAGGAGCGUGUCUUCGCCAAUAUGCUCGCUCUUGAGGAGUCCCAGAAUGAGCAUUGGACUGUGGACCGCAUUGUCUGCAUAGGAGACUCAAUACAUAAGAUGACACCCAAUCUGGGUGCAGGUGGAAACGCAGCAAUCGAAAGUGCUGCCGCACUUGCAAACCACAUCUUCAAGCUCAGUUCCUCGAACCCCUCCUUAGACGAGAUUCGAAAAGUGCUCCAUGACUUCUACCUCAAACGACACCUACGCGCCAACACAACUUGCGAUACAGCCAACGAUCUAACACGUAUCGAGGCCUUGGACAAUUGGCCAUACAAGAUUUUGGCAUUGCACGUAAUUCCCGCUCUUGGGGAUUUUCUAACUGAUCUUACAUGCGAUGCGCUUGUUGGAGCAGAAAUUCUGGAGUCGCUCCCUGCACCUCUAAAAUCUCUUACUGCGACAAUGCCAUGGGAUCCUGAGUCUGGAAUUGGGAAGAAAGAAAAUAAGUGGGUGAGAGCGCUGUAUGCUUUACCACUCCUAGCAGUUGUCUAUGGCUGCCAUCGCACCAUGGGCGAGACGAUCAAGCAUCUUGUCCCUCUGGCAGCCGAUACUGGGUUUGUGAAUCUAGGAAAUGGGGUUGUCGUGUCUUUGGCUACAAGGUUUUUUGGUAUUUCCGCUGUGGAUAACAUCCUCUCCAAAUAUGUGGCGUUGUUCACACCAUCCAUUGGAGGCUUCGAUGUUGCCGGAAAGAUGCAAGGUAUCGCGUUCCUUGGAGACUUGGUUCCGCUCCAGACGAUAUGGAUGAUUGAAAGCAUGCGACGAGGAAACUUUACCACAGCAGCUCAUCUUUUACCAACAGUUCUAGGAAUCCUCUACCAGAUCAAAGGCCUAGGCUACAUUGCUCCCCUUUACUACUUCCUCCAUUACGUGCAAUCGCCACUCGAGAAUUACGCCGCAGCCGAUAACCGCAUGACCGUGAUCUCCUCCGCAAAGACCAUAAUACCCACUAUUGCCGUCUCCUACCUACUUCCUACCAUUGCCAUGUUUGUUGCCCCUCAGCUUUCAACACGGCAGUGGAUCAACGGUCUAAUCUGGCAACCAUUCCCCAUUUACGCUGCUCUGGUACAGCGUUUACUGAGCAAGACUGUCAAGGAUACGACACACGAGGACCGCAUCACCAAUCCAGAAGCAGAUAUGCCAUAUCUUAGACGAGCAUACGGAUUUGCAACGGCGACAGCAGCUUGUACUUAUCUAUAUGUGCGCUUCGCAUCACCCGUCUCGCUCUUAGAUGUCUUCUUCCAGUGCCUCAAAAGCCCCUCCAAGUCGCUGCCACUCAUUGAAGGGGCAUCAAAGACCCUGAGAUAUGAUCAGAUCGCUGCAUUUGGUGCAGGAGCCUUGUGGGUGAUGUUGAGUUUCGCAGAUUUGAAGAAAGCGAAGAAAGUGAAGACAGGAUGGGCAGGAAUUGUAGGAAUAUUCGCGGGUACUACCCUGCUUGGUGGACCAGGCGCUGCAAUGACCGUUAUGUGGGCUUGGAGAGAAGAAAUGCUAGCAAAGAGAAGGCCGCUUUGA